AUGUCUUCAACAACAACAUUCAAACAUCCAAUACUAGAUCUAAAGGUACCAGUACCAUCGGAUAUUGAUAUCGCCACUGAAGCCAUACCAAUGCCAGUGUCAGUGAUCGCUCAGCAUUGUGGAAUCAACGAGGAUGAGAUAGACUUUUACGGAAAGUACAAGGCAAAGGUGCACUUGAGCCUGUUGCAACGCAUGAAGGACCACCCCAACGGAAAGUACGUCGUGGUAACCGGUAUCAACCCAACGCCACUCGGCGAGGGCAAGUCAACGACCACCAUCGGUCUCUGCCAGGCAUUGGGCGCACAUCUCAAUCGCCCAGUGUUCUCGUGUGUGCGUCAACCAUCGCAGGGCCCCACAUUUGGUAUCAAGGGAGGCGCUGCCGGUGGUGGCUACAGUCAGGUUAUCCCCAUGGAGGAGUUCAACCUGCAUCUCACAGGCGACAUCCACGCCAUCACUGCCGCCAACAACCUACUCGCGGCUGCCAUCGACGCGAGAAUCCUGCACGAAGGAACUCAGUCGGACGACGCACUCUUCCGCAGAUUGUGUCCACCUGCCAAGGACGGCUCACGCUCAUUCGCACCAGUCAUGCUUCGUCGUCUGGCCAAGCUUGGCAUCACAGAGACCGACCCAGCCAAGCUCACACCAGAGCAAGUGUCACGCUUCGCUCGUCUCGACUUUGACGUGAGCACCAUCACUUGGAACCGUGUCCUCGACACUAACGACCGUUUCCUGCGUGGCAUCACCGUGGGCCAAGGCAAGGAGGAGGAGAAGUUCACCAGAAAGACCAACUUUGACAUCAGUGUCGCUUCAGAGAUCAUGGCCGUGCUGGCACUUGCCACUGACUUGGGCGAUAUGCGUGAGAGACUCGGCCGCAUGGUCGUCGCCGCAAGCAAGGCCGGCGAACCCAUCACAGCAGACGACCUGGGAGUGGGUGGAGCGCUCACCGUUCUCAUGAAGGACGCCAUCAUGCCAACGUUGAUGCAGACACUUGAGGGGACACCCGUGCUGGUGCACGCUGGACCCUUUGCCAACAUUGCUCAUGGUAACUCAUCGAUCAUCGCCGACCGGAUCGCCCUCAAGUUGGCUGGAGCCAACGGCUUCGUAGUUACUGAGGCCGGCUUUGGUGCCGACAUUGGCGCAGAGAAGUUCUUUGACAUCAAGUGUAGAGCGAGUGGAUUGCGCCCAGACUGCGCUGUUAUUGUUGCAACAAUCCGUGCACUCAAGAUGCACGGAGGUGGCCCCAAGGUGACGGCCGGUACUCCAUUGGACCGCGCCUACACUGAUGAGAACCUGGACCUUCUGAGCAAGGGCAUGGCCAACUUGGAGCAUCACAUUGUCAAUCUCAAGAAGUUUGGCGUGCCCGUCGUCGUGGCCGUCAACCGUUUCACCACCGACUCAGACAAUGAGAUCAAGAUGGUGGUCGAGCGCUCCAAGGCCGCCGGCGCACAGGACGCAGUAAUGUGCGACCACUGGGCCAAGGGAGGCAGCGGAGCCGUCGAGCUUGGUAACGCCGUCAUCGAUGCCUGCGAGAAGGUGCAACCACAAUUCAAAUACCUUUACGAGCUGGAGCAGUCGAUUAAGGCAAAGAUCGAGACGAUUGCUCGCGAGAUCUACGGUGCCGAUGGCGUCGAGUACCUGCCCGAGGCCGAGAAGAAGAUCGAGCUCUACACACGUCUGGGCUUUGACAAGCUGCCAAUUUGCAUGGCCAAGACACAUCUGUCGCUCAGCCACGAUCCUGAGCGCAAGGGAGUGCCCAAGGGAUUCGUACUGCCAAUCAGAGACGUCAGAGCCAGCAUUGGCGCCGGCUUCAUCUAUCCCCUGGUCGGCACGAUGGCCACCAUCCCAGGUCUCCCAACCCGUCCAUGUUUCUACGAGAUCGACAUUGAUGUGAACACAGGACGUGUCAUCGGUCUGAGCUAA